AUGACGAGGAAAUACUUCUCUGAUGCGGAGUGGCUGAAACCCACCCGCCGGCCAGAAAAACGCAGGUGGGUUUUUAAUAUUGUAUCGGCAGAUCCCGGGCAAGAAAAAAAGAGUGUCGGGACGGCUCGUGACGCCGGGCGUCUCGCCGCCCCGCUGCACGUCCCCCGAUCGGUGGAGAUGAUCGCCGAAAUCCAGGGAAGCUACCAAGUCCUCCCCCUCCUCCUCCCCGCCGCCGCCGCCGCCGCCCCCGACACCCCCAACUGCCAGGACCUGAAGGCGGGACAGUAUAUCUGUAAAGAUCCCAGAAUCAACGAAGACACCCAAGAACCGGCGAACUGCACAAAUUACACGGCUCACGUCCCCUGCCUCCCGGCGCCCAACGUCACGUGCAGGGACUUCAGCGGCAACGAGACGCUCUUCACCGGGAACGAAGUGGGAUUCCACAAGGCCAUCCCCUGCCGAAACGUAAACGGUUAUUCGUACAAAGUGGCCGUGGCCCUGUCCCUGUUUCUCGGAUGGUUGGGAGCGGAUAGAUUCUACCUCGGCUACCCUGCCCUGGGUUUGCUAAAGUUCUGCACUGUGGGAUUCUGUGGAAUUGGAAGCUUAAUUGAUUUCAUUCUCAUUUCAAUGCAGAUCGUCGGGCCGUCGGACGGCACGAGUUACAUCAUAGAUUAUUACGGCGCGAGACUCACAAGGCUGAGUAUAACAAAUGAGACGUUCAGGAAGACGCAGAUCUACCCCUGAGGGAUUCAGAACGGUCAAACGGUUUCGGGCCUUCCUCGUUGCAGUCGAGAGCUCCCGGAAUAGAAAAUCCCCUCCCGCUGUGGUGUCCUACUUGCCUGCCCACACCCCGCUGUGAAUUUCGGUGGCAUCAUCCUUAUUAUUAUUAAUUUUUUUUAUAUAAGGGAAAAUAUAUUCUGGGAUUCUAGCCGCGAGACUUUCCGUGAGCCUCCCCUCGGCCCUCUGAGGCCAAGGAGGAGUCCGUCUCCGUGAGAUGUGACUCUCCAGCCCUCUUGUCUUGCAAAUCCUCUCCCUGGGGCACUUGUCCUCCUCCCCUCUCCUCCCGGCCACUUACAAUAAAAACAAGAGAACGACUA